CUUUGUCCAGGGCAUUAGGGUGUUAAUGGAUUAUCAAAAGGUGUCGACUCAGGUGUGAGUGGUAUGAGGGGUUGGUACGGAGUCCUUGGAUCUGACUCAAACAACAGACUCGAGGUCUCUUGUCUUUCAUGCUCCCUGUGAUCUAUCCCCUGUUUUCUCACCUCUGCUUCCCACCUCAAUCAUCCUCGACCAAUGAGAAUUUUGCAUUAAGGAUUUACCUUUUGCUCUUUUUGUCUUUUUUUUUUUUGCAAUGUCCCCUCUUUGCGUUGCCUAACAGUCGCACACUUUCGACAUGGACAUAGGAGGUCUGACCACGGUGGUAGCAAACUCUGCUUACAUCAACGCCCGGGGCAGCAUCGAUGGGUCUAACCCUGCAGCGGCUCGAGAUAAGAAGUACCACUCUCGCCUCAAACUGCCCCACAUCACCGUGUGCGAGGGCCUGGCAGAGACCGUGGAUUUGUCCUUUGAGUCGGUCUGCGUGGAUCAACCCAUCGGCAAACGCCUCUUUAGAGAAUUCUUAAACGCCAAUAAAGAGUAUAAUGGAGCUAGUCGCUUAUGGAGAGACAUCGAAGACUACGACAUGGCCGAGGAUUCUGAGCGGGCGAAGAAGGCCUCGAAGAUCAUCCAGCGGUACAUGGACGCCGCCGCCAAACACUACUGCCCCUUCCUGUCCGAGGACAUCGUAGCUAAGGUGAAGGAAGGCCAGGAGACCGUAGGGGACGAUUUGUUCGCCGCAGCGUUGGCCACCACUUUGGAUUUCCUACGAGAAGCCCCCUACACGUUCUUCCUGGAGAGCAUGUAUGUGAAGAGGUUCCUGCAGUGGAAGUGGCUGGAGAUGCAGCCCAUGGACGCGGACUGGUUCCAGGACUUCCGCGUUCUGGGGAAAGGUGGGUUCGGGGAGGUUUCUGCCUGUCAGAUGAAAGCCACGGGGAAACUGUACGCGUGUAAGAAACUCAACAAGAAGAGGCUGAAGAAGAGGAAAGGCUAUGAGGGGGCGAUGGUGGAGAAGAGGAUUCUUGAGAAGGUUCACAGUCGCUUCAUUGUGUCAUUGGCCUACGCCUUCCAGACAAAAGAUGAACUUUGUCUGGUCAUGACCAUCAUGAAUGGAGGAGACCUCAAGUACCACAUCUACCUGGUGGAUGAGAACAAUCCUGGGUUUGAAGAGCCCAGAGCUUGUUUCUACAUCGCUCAGAUCAUCCAAGGCAUGGAGCACCUCCACCAGAAAAGAAUCGUCUACCGAGAUCUCAAACCAGAAAAUGUGCUGCUGGAUAAUGAUG